GUCACCUAAUACUGUGUCGGCGUAGGGAUAGUUAACAUUUCUGUUCAGCUGCAUUAACUGAACGGACAUUUUCUAUGAUACUGUACAAGCAAAACUUUUUCAAGUAACGUUAUGGCUCUGUCGCAGUGUCUAGAGGAUUCACCGGGCUGGAGGAGGUCAGAGGUGAUAAAACAGGAUUCAAGCCUUAAAGAAUUAUAUAAUGAAAGGCACCGACUUGCGCUGGAAACACUGAUUUCUGAAGGAAUUGACGCAUUUAUAGGCUUCCUAAAAAAAGAGAAAAUCCCGAAUUUUCUCUCCGAUGACGAGAUCAGACAGAUCUCCCGUGCCGCGGUUGUACCGAGAUGCGUUUCCUUCAUUGGGGAUGAUUUACAUUUAGACCAUUCCAGCACCUUGGACUGUUCUUCUGUCACGUACUUCCCGGAUAUUUCCGACCUGGAGCCCCCGGUUUUGGAAAUCGGCUGGCCCGCUUUCACUGCUGGAUCGUUCCGUGGAGUCACGCGUGCUGUCGCAUACUUCCAGCCAAGUUAUGGAGAAAGCAUUUACAGCUGCAAAGAAGCAGCAAGAAGGAUGAUAAAAAAUGCAAAGGAGGUGAUUGCUAUAGUAACAGAUUCACUAACAGACUUGGACAUUUUCCGUGACCUGCAUGAAGCAUGCACCAAAGGUCAUGUCCCUGUGUACAUCCUACUAGACCAGACAUCUGUCCCAGCUUUUCUGCAAAUGUGUAACAACCUUAAUAUGCGACUUGACGACCUCCAGCACAUGAGAGUCCGGACCCUAACAGGUUCAACCUACUACAUGCGAUCUGGCGCUCGAAUUAAUGGGAAGGUUCAUGAACGAUUUAUGUUGAUUGAUGGAAACAGAGUGGCCACUGGCUCCUACAGGUUCAACUGGACUGAUGGUAAGCUCAAUAGUAGCAAUCUAAUUGAGCUAUCUGGCCAAAUAACAGAGAAGUUUGAUGAAGAAUUCCGCAUCCUCUAUGCUCAGUCUCUUCCACUCAACACAAAAGUUGUCACUAGUGUUCAAAACGGUGGCAUCUACGACUACCUGCAGCUCAAGCCAAAAACUUCCUCUUCCACAGCUGCGGUUUGUAAACCAUUGUGGCUGACCAGUACGCCCAACAAAGCACACAAAGAAAGGGAAAUUGAGGGCAAUCCAAUAUCUGGCACCUUAACUCCUAAUGGCAAGCAGACGAGGUCAGAUUUUAAACAUGAACUGAAUGCUGCUGAAGAAAACCUUCCAAAUGGUGAAAAUGCUGAUGUGUCUCCUAGCACUUUAAACAUGGACGCUAUGACGCAUCCAGCUAUCCUGUUUUGCCACACCUCCACACAAACCAGCUGCCUAAAUUUAGAUGAAAUGAUGCAGAUAAAAGCAAUCACACCCUCUCAGGAUUCUUGCACCACAGCACUAAGCUCUUCCAGAACAAACAGCCCCAGCCAUUCAUCUUCCUCUACGACCAGCACACCCAAGGCUGGUUCUACUCAAGAAGAGGGUCAACACUGCUCAUUCAUCCACCACAGUGCUGUCCUUACAGACAGCAACUUGAGGGAUAGUGUGUCUAAACUGAUAAAAGAACGCCAUUAUCAUUUCUCCAUCAUUCGCUCGAAGCUGGAAAACAUGAGAAUAUUGAUGUCCCACAGGAGGGAACUGGCGGAUAUUGCAGGUUUGCAUGUGGGGUACAGGAGUCAAGCUGAAGGCAGAAUGCCCCACGGUGUGAAGGACAGUAUGUUGGUUGGGACCUGGCCAAGGUCAAUGUGUCUGCCGUGAAGCAAUUUUGAUACUGGAAUGUUUAGCUUUACAUUUGUAAUCUUUCAGCAAAAAAACUUUGUGGAGGGUUUUAGCAAACAGUGCUUGUUAGUUAGGUUAUUGCGGUUGGACAAUGCCUGGGAAAUAUUGCAAAAAUAGGAUUCAGAUUUUAAUUUCACAAUUGAUUAUUACUGUAUUUAGAUUUUUCCAGUCUAACAUGAUGGAAUUGGAUUAUUGCACAAAUUAUUGAGGAUAUAUAUCACAAUACAAAAACCUCACUUUA